GAUCUGAGGUUAGAAAAGGGAUACUGAAAUCACGAACGUCAACUUGAUCACGUGAAGUGAUGGAGGUCUUUACCCUAUGAGUCUUGAGAGCAGGUGCAAGAGUAAAUUAACCAUCUAUCAUUAAGGUUUCUCACUUCACKUAAUUGCGGUCGAUUGGUAUCCCUACCUCACGAAAACACGCCAUGAUUGGACCGCACAGUGUAUUAAGAAAUCGUCGCUAUGGAUACAGCCUUUAUAUCAUCGUAAUAAAACUGCUGGAGUCGAUUCUCUGAAYAUAAACCUUCAAAAACAUCUCUUUGGAAAGCUUUACACAGAACAAGAACCGUUUUAGAAGACUUGGGGACAACUUUGACAUUUUUUAUAAUGAAAGCAACGUGAAAUCAAAGGGGAAUUCCAACGUAUAAACUUGGGGAUUACUUGUCAAGUUAUGAAACGGAACGCAAGCUGUUUGGACAACUGGAAACAAAGUUUUUGAAAGUUGAGACUAGCUUUUGGAAUUCUAACYUCUUAUCUCUCUCUCUAGUUGUCGGUGUACCUGGGAGUUCUAUGUAUACUAGACUGAUCAAAGAUGGUUUAUAGCUCUCACAUUCUUGCACAAACUUUUGUUUAAAAUUGUGUGACUUAAAUUAGAUUGAAAAGUUCAUAUUUUGUAUCUUUUUCUGAAUCUUUCAACUUGGUGUAACAAGAAUCUACGCUGUUCUCUCAACUUGAUUUCUAUCAGGCUGACUUUAUGAAUACUUCAGCAGCGAAGAACACAAUAACUUGAGUAAGUCCAAAUUCAAUUAAAAACGCUUUACUCCAGCUAUUACUUCUGCUCUGUGUAUAAACAGUAACGCGRAAUACAAAAUCAAAGCUAUAAUACACAAUUCAUAUCAUUUCUUUCUUCAAUGCAAGUACGUUAUAAUUCUAUCUGUUAAACACAAAGUUUAUCCUUGGAGURAGCCCACGUUUGACUGAUUUAAUAAUUGUCACUUCAAACUGUGAAGGAACAGCUUGAUUUUUGCCGUAUUUUCAUCGUUAUCAGCUACUGUAGGAUUGACACUUGUCACUAUCAUCAUGACAACACCUUCCGUUCACUCUGAAGAUGAUAACUUCAUCAUUGGUACGGGUGAUGACUACGACAGACUGCGCCGCGACGCAAGGCAGCUCCAUCUCAGUAAACACAACGAGACRCGUAGCAAAGCGCAUUUCGCACGUUUCCGUAACGCUGCGUUGAAGUGCUCUAUGGAAACAACGUACAAACGUAUCGAACAGGAACGAUCCCUGACGGUGAGGGAACUAGAACGCGCACAAGCAGACGCACUGAAACGUAAGGAGAAAUACGACAAAAAGAAAUCCUCGAAUUUACCUGGUAUUUCAACUAAGAAAACACCAAAUGGCAUUGAAUCAAAAUCUUCACAAGCGACUUUCAACAAGAAACUAUUGAAAGAAGAACAAUUCAAUGAUAAAUCAAGAGAUGAAGAGAACUCGUGGAUGUCAUGUGAUGCCGCAAAUAAAAAUGAAGCGCGUGAGGUAAGCUCGUGGAUUCCAAGUCAUGCGCCUUCCAGUGUCGAUGAAAUUAAAAAGGUAACUUUGAACGAAAAGAGACCAACACUAAGAAAGAAAUCUUCUACAAACUCAGUGAAUUGCGAACUGUCAAUUUCMCACUCAUCUGUCCCGUCAAUCAAAAUUGACACUCUAUCGACCAUCUCUGACGUUACCCUCAACCUGUCAGAGGCAAGCGAUACAACAAAAGAACCACUUCAGAGCAGCCUAAAGACUCAUAAAACCAGSCAAUCCGGCAGAGGCUUGUAUCGAGCUUACUCGUCYCGAAGUGUAAGGAUUUACCCUGGMGAUUUGAAACUCAGACGCAGUAAYUCAUGUGACGUCGAACGCAUCAACCGGGAAAAGAUAAAAAGUGAAAAAAUCUGGAGGGAUUUUGAUGGUUUACUGAAGUGGUUCGCAAACUAUUCUGGGAAGGAAUACAAGCCMUCUUAUGGCGGAAGGGAAGUCGAGGAACCGAGAGAGGCGCWCGUCGARGAGAAGAAGAAAGCUUUGCUACCAAAGUGCUCCAUGAGUCCGCUGUACUUUAGGUAUGGCGUUCCAGAAAAUGGAGUCAUUCGACUUUCGACGACAACACAUCUAKAGACAAACUAUCGCCAAACUACUUCACAAGUCAUGGUUCAGCCAYCAGAAGAAGAAACACUUUGUGGAGAUGAAAGCACUUCAAGAAACCGAAAAAGAACUAAUUAUUUAAACGAUUCAAGAUUGUCUACUACUCGAACAACGAGUAACUACUCGAACAGGAUGAUGUCCUCACGWUCGUGUCGGUCCGAGUUGGACUUGGUAUCAAUUGGAGAAAACAACCGUGAAAGAUUAUUAGCRGCGUUUUUACCGGAUAUUCGUAGAGUGCAUUCCAAAAUGAGCUAUGAACAUAGAGUCAGACCUUUUAACUUGAACCACGAGAGACUUAAAAGUGUUCAAAUACGUGCCAAGAUAGCCGGUGACGCGCGAAAUCUUAGAGAAAGUCGUGWCGAAACACUAGGUCGAGGGAGGCAAGCUGCCAGCAAUAUAACACCUCGACCUGCUUGGACAGUAAAAGACGUACCAGUCAACGCUAUUCAUGAUAGACUAUACCCUGGCGAUGGACCAGCUAUGUAUGCUUACAUCAAGAGACAUCAGUGGGAUUAUAGGGAUAGAAGACCUGGGAURAAGAGAGUGCUACCUAAGAGAUCACACACAAAGUAGCACCCUUGCUAUAUAUACAAAAGAAUCUUCAUUAUUUAUAUAGUGGGUUAUUACUUGGUGGAAAAAUGACUGCUAAGCUCUGGAACUGAGCCUACUUGUUUCGUGCCAGAAUAAAGUUAUGAUAAUGGUUAAUGCAGUAUGAUGAUGAUGAUGAUGACAAUGAUCAUGAUGAUUACGGUACAGAGGUUUUUAAAGUUUGUGAAAUAUAUCAUAUAAAAGUAUUGAUGACGGUGAUAAUAUUGUGACUAUGAUUSUGAUGAUUGAUAUCAAGAUUUGUGAAUAAGAUAUUAUUAUAAAUUGCUAUUAUAUAUUAUUAAUUAAUGUUAUCUUAAAUUAUUGUAA